AUGGCUUCAUGGCAUCGAAAGAAAGAUUCAGUCCCUUACGAAACGGCUGAGUUAGUCAUAAGUGGUAUUGUUCAUAUUGUUCUUAUUGUGAUUGGUACUGUUGGCAAUAUUAUAUCUAUUAUUGUUUUACUCAAUAAAGAAAAUCGUCGAACAUCAACUAAUAUCUAUUUGAUAUUUUUAUGUCUUGUUGAUACAAUUUCACUUUAUCAAUGGAAUUUAAGUAAUAUUAUAUAUACAUUCACAGAUGGUCAAAAACAAAUAUGGGGUCAAUCAUUAUUCAUCUGCAAAUUAAGUCAAUUUUUUCCUUUUUAUACUUUACAUACAUCAGCCAUGUUUCUUACUUUUGUUGAGCUUGAUCGAGCUUGUUUAUUAAGAAGUCGAUGGUAUAAAAUCAAAAUAGCUCGACCACGUGUUGCAUUCAUAAUUUGUGUUAUUAUUCUACUAAUUUUAUUUGGAUUAAAUGGAUUUUUAUUUGCAUUAGGUUUUGAAUAUUCGACAUAUGAUCAUAGUACAGGAAUAAUACAAACAACUGUAGCAUGUUAUUACUCAAUGAACAUUGAACUCAAUAAUUUUUUUGCUAUUCAAUAUCCAUGGAUAAGUAUUACACUAUACACUUAG